AUGCCGACGACGGAGGAGUCCCCCUUGCCUGUGACGGCUACAUCGGUCGUGGUGCACCCGCUGGUGCUUUUGUCCGUGACGGACCAUGCAUCGCGCAUGGCCAUCAGUGCGCGGAAGCGCGUGGUCGGCGUGCUGCUGGGCCAGGACAUGGGCAAGACGAUCAAUGUGGCGAACAGCUUUGCCGUGCCGUUUGAAGAGGACGAGAACGAUCCCAAGACGCUGUUCCUCGACCAUGACUAUAUCUAUGGCAUGCUGGAGAUGUUCAAGAAAGUGAACGCGCGCGAGCGUUUUGUUGGAUGGUACCACACGGGGCCGAAGCUGCGCUCGUCGGACCUGGAGAUCAACCACAUGAUGAAGCGGUUCACGCCGCGCCCGGUGAUGGUGAUCAUCGACCCACGGCGCGAGGACGUGGGCAUCCCGACGGAUGCGUACAUGGCCGUGGACGAGAUCAAGGACGACGGCACGGCGACACAGACCACGUUCAUGCAUGUGCCGACGGUGAUCGAGGCGGAGGAAGCCGAGGAGGUCGGCGUGGAGCACCUCCAGCGCGACAUCCACGAUACGACAACGAUGGGCUCGUUGUCGGACCGCGUCGCGCAGCAGCUGCUCUCACUGCGGGGCCUGCACCGCCGUCUUCUGGAUAUCCGCGACUACCUCGCGGCGGUCAUGCGUGGCGAGCUGCCAGUGAACCAUGAGAUCGUAUACGAGCUGCAGAAUGUGUUCAACUACCUGCCGGACCUCGACAAGCCCGAGACCGUGCGCAGCUUCCGCGUGGCGAACAACGACCGGUUGCUCAUCGUAUACCUCAGCAGUCUCAUCCGCGCGGUGAUUGCGCUGCACGCCCUCGUGAACAACCGCUUGGAAAUGGCCCAUGGAGAGAACAAGGACCAGGUGGCACCCGAAACACAGGGUCCCAAGGAGUCGUCCGAGGCUCAGGCGUCCUCGUCGUAG